AUGACCUCUCGCCCUCACCCCCUCCACAACAUCUCCCCGGCGGAGAUCCGCCGCGCCUCCCAGAUCGUCUCGCGCAUCCUGCAGGACAAGAAUGGCCCGUCCUACGAGGUCUACUUCAAGCACAUCUACCUGUACGAGCCGCCCAAGGCCCUGCUGAUGCCCUACCUGGACGCCGAGAGCGCCGGCGUGCCGGUCGCACAGAGGCCGUUCGUCCCGCGGUUGGCGGGCGUCAUCUACCAUCAGCUGGGCAAUCCGCGCGAGUUCUUUGAGAUGAUCGUCAGUCUGGACUCGGGGACGGAGGUGGAAUUGCGGACGCCGAAGAGGGGACAGCAUAGCUCUUAUGAUAGGGAGGAGCUCCGACGCGUGGCAGAAAAGAUCCUGACAGACCCUGCGGUUGUGGAGGCUGUCAAAAAGUUCAAUCUCCCCAAAGACGUCGUCAUCCAGGUCGAUACGUGGCCCUACUGCGCAGACAAGUACUCGACCGUCGACACUCACAAAUGCAUCCAAGGCCUGCUAUACGCCCGCGCGCCGCACAACCACCCGGACAGCAACCAGUAUGCGUUUCCGAUCCCCCUGUCGCCCGUCUACGAUCUGUUCGAGGACCGGGUCGUGCGAUUCGACACGCUGGCGACUGGCGGCGAGGAGGACGGGCUGAAGCACAACACCGCCCCUGCUGAGACCGCGAUGGCGCACUGCGUCGAGAAUGAGUACCACCCGGAUCUGCUCAAGGGGCCGCCGCGGCAGGAUCUGAAGCCGUUGCGGGUCGUCCAGCCCGAGGGGCCCAGUUUCACCGUCUCCGACGAGAACCUCGUGCAGUGGCAGAAAUGGCGGUUCCGGGUCGGUUUCAACUACCGCGAGGGACUGACCAUCCACGAUGUGAGGUAUGACGGGAGGAAAGUGUUCUAUCGGCUCAGCGUGAGCGAGAUGACGGUUCCUUACGGCGACCCACGCACGCCGUACCAUCGAAAGCAGGCCUUUGACUUUGGCGAUGCCGGCGCCGGGAACUGUGCCAACAACCUUGGCCUGGGAUGCGACUGCCUGGGCGUCAUCAAGUACUUCAACGGCUGGCUGAACGACCCCAAGGGACAGCCCGUCGAGGUGCCCAACGCCAUCUGCCUGCACGAGCAAGACUCGGGCAUCGGAUGGAAGCACACGAACAUCCGAACGGGGGUCGCAGCCAUCACGCGGGCCCGGACGUUGGUCGUCCAGACGAUCAUCACCGUCGGCAACUACGAAUACAUCUUCGCCUGGCUGUUCCAGCAGAGCGGGACGGUCGAGCUCGAGACGCGGGCGACGGGGAUCGUGUCGACGGCGCUGAUCGACGCGGGCAAGCGCAGUCCAUGGGGGAACGUGGUCGCGCCGGGGGUCCUGGCGCAGAACCACCAGCACCUGUUCUGCCUGCGCAUCGACCCGAUGGUCGACGGUAACGAGAACACGCUAAUCCAGGAGGACUCGAUCGCGGUGCCCGAGUCGGAGGACGAGAACCCGUUCGGCAACGCGUGGCGGCUCGUCAAGACGCCGUUUGAGAAGUCGACGUUCGCCGACGCCGCGCCGGAGAAGAACCGCGUGUUCAAGAUCGUCAACGAGAAGCGCCUCAACCGGAUAUCCGGCAAUCCGGUCGGGUACAAGCUGGCGCCGGUACCCUCGCAGCUGAUCCUGGCGAGCAAGAAUUCCGUCGUGCGCAAGCGCGCGCGCUUCGCCGAGCACCACAUCUGGGUAACGCGGUACCGGGACGGCGACCUGUGGGCAGGCGGGAAAUGGGCGAACCAGUCGCUGGAGGAGACGGACGGGGUGGCCGACUACGCGGCGCGCAACGAGGACGUGCGCGACCGGGACAUAGUCGUCUGGCACACGUUCGGCAUGACGCACAACCCGCGCGUGGAGGACUUCCCCGUCAUGCCGGUCGAGACGAUCACCGUAUCGCUGAAGCCGGCGGAUUUCUUCGAGGGCAAUCCGGCGCUGGAUGUGCCGCAGAGUACGCAGGCGGUUAACCAGAGUGUGCUUUAUGUCACGAUAGAUAGAGAAGAACGACUAGGGAACUAUGGCAGGUUAGGAUCAACCUCCACAAACAUUAAUUUUAAAAUUAGACACACUAAACAGCCUUCUCAAGAGAAUGAUGCUGAAGCCACAAUUUUGCCAUCUGGAGAAAACCUCACGGCCCUGACAGCGCUGUUAUGGCCCUCGAGUGUCUGA